ACCCCAUUUCAAAUACAUGCUACCCUCACCUUUCCCGCCAAAUCCACUAAACUUCUUACCUUCAAAGCCGUCUGUUCCUCGCAAUCCGAAUCAGAGUCUCCCUUUAAAACCAUAGCAGUUAAUUCAAUUCUUCGCGCAAUCCCUGAGUGGGCUGACCGCGUGAAAGAGCGUGGGAUGCAACAGAAGAGAUCAUUGUACAACCACGAAAAAUGGGUGAAUCACAGAAGUUCAUUGCGUCAUAUCAGGCAUUUACUUUCAAGCUUAUCUUCUCGCGUGAUACUUUCAUUGAUCCCUCCCGUGAUUGCUUUUACUUCGGUGGCUGUGGUUAUUGCUAGUUACAAUUCUGCUGUGGACAUGCAUUUGUUGCCCGGCUUCUUCCCUAUCUUAAAGGCUUCUUCGUUGCCGUAUCAAUUGACGGCUCCGGCUUUGGCGCUUCUUUUGGUGUUUAGGACUGAGGCUUCGUAUUCGAGGUAUGAGGAAGGGAGAAAGGCUUGGACUAAGAUCCUUGCGGGAACUAAUGAUUUUGCUAGUAUGGUCAUUUCUAGCGUUGAUAAUUCAGCUGAUGAAUCUAUUAAGGAACUACUUUUGCGCUAUAUUAUGGCUUUCCCGGUUGCUCUUAAGUGUCAUGUGGUUUAUGGAUCAGAUAUCGGUAGAGAUCUCAAGACUUUGCUUGAUGGAGAUGAUUUGGCAGUAGUGCUUAGUUCAAAGCAUCGGCCCCGCUGCAUUAUUGAAUUCAUAUCCCAAAGCCUGCGAUUGCUAAACUUGCAGGAAUCAAAGAGAACUAUGUUGGAGUCAAAGAUCUCUUGCUUUCAUGAAGGAAUUGGUAUAUGUGAACAACUCAUGGGUAUUCCUAUCCCUCUCUCAUACACUCGCUUGACAUCAAGGUUUCUAGUCCUAUGGCAUCUUACUCUUCCAAUCAUACUUUGGGAUGAUUGUCAUUGGAUAGUAGUUCCUGCUACUUUUGUCAGUGCUGCAUCUUUGUUCUGCAUAGAAGAAGUUGGGGUACUUAUUGAGGAACCAUUUCCAAUGUUAGCCCUGGACGAACUUUGCAAUCUUGUUCAGAGCAACAUUGAGGAAGCAGUUACAACUCAGAAAAUUAUUCAAGCGCAGAUAACUGCAAAGCGAAAGAGUCAUUCUUAUAAGCAUUCACAUAAUGGCUGGCCUAACCCUGUGAAGUAGACACGUAAGUCAGUCUACAUCUUCACACUACAGAAUAAGCUGCCAAGACACUUCCAUAUUGUCAGGAGCUCGGAGUUACCUCUCUUUUGCAUCCAGAUGACACAUUACAGCUGAUGCCUGGAACUUAAAAUAUGUCUAUAUGAAGUGAGGUAGCAAGGAAACCUCAUUUUUGUUGUAUAUAAACUAAAUUCAUGACUGAAGUAAUAUUUAUCUGUAUAAAUUAUUGAUACGGCAAUUGGGCA